CCUAGUGGAGACAGGGACUGACAGAUUCACUGGCCAAUCAGGACCUCCAUGAAGCCCUCCAGUCAGAAGAGGAGGAGGGUGCUUCCGGGAAUCUCCUUUUCAGUGUCCGUGCACUUUAGCCCCUAUUAGAAGUCUGGUGUGUUGUGCUUUGACUUAGCUGCUGCGUACCGAGGGAACGUAGGCAAGCUCGGAAGUUGCAACAUGGCCAGGAUAUUCUCCCUGCCCACAAAGAAGGCAGUUACCUAUGAGGAUGUGCAUAUCAACUUUACUCGGGAAGAAUGGGCUUUGCUGGAUCCUUCCCAGAAGAGUCUCUACAGAGAUGUGAUGCUGGAGACCUACGGGAACCUCACUGCUGUAGGCUAUUACUGGGAAGACCACGGUAUUGAAGAAUAUUGUCAAAAUUUUAGAAGAAAUGGAAGGCAUCUUCACUGGAAUGAAAGAAUUCAGACUGGAGAGAAAUCCUGUGAAGGUGUACAACACAAAAAAGUGCUUGCAAGUCACAAUGAUCGUCAUACACAUAAAAGAACACUUACUGAAGACUUUGUAUACUAUAGUAGUGUUCAAAUAAAUAGAGGAACAGAAAUAGGAGGGAAACCUAAUGUUUUUAACCCGUGUAGUAAUGCUUCUGUAUGCCACGGUCAUCUGCAAUGCCAUAAAAGAAGACAUAGUGAAGAGAAACCCUAUGAGUGUAACCAAUGUUGUAAAGCCUUUGCAUGUUACAGCACUCUGCGAAGCCAUAAAAGAACUCAUACUGGAGAGAAGCCCUAUGAAUGUAACCAGUGUGGUAAAGCUUUUUCUAGACACAGCUAUCUUCAAAACCAUAGAAGAAAGCAUACUGGAGAGAAACCCUAUGAAUGUAACCAAUGUGGCAAAGUGUUUGCAUGUCACAGAACUCUGCAAAGCCAUAAAAGUACUCAUACUGGAGAGAAGCCCUAUGAAUGUAACCAAUGUAAUAAAGUCUUUGCAUGGUACAGCACUCUGAAAAGACAUAAAAGAACACAUACUGGAGAGAAGCCCUAUGAAUGUAACCAGUGUGGUAAAGCUUUUUCUAGACACAGCUAUCUUCAAAACCAUAGAAGAAAGCAUACUGGAGAGAAGCCCUAUGCAUGUAACCAAUGUAAUAAAGUCUUUGCAUGGUACAGCGCUCUGAAAAGACAUAAAAGAAUACAUACUGGAGAGAAGCCCUAUGAAUGUAACCAAUGUAAUAAAGUCUUUGCAUUGUACAGCACUCUGAAAAGACAUAAAAGAACACAUACUGGAGAGAAGCCCUAUGAAUGUAACCAAUGUGGUAAAGCUUUCUCUAAUCACAGCCAUCUUCAAAGCCAUAGAAGAAGGCAUACUGGAGAGAAACCCUAUGAAUGUAACCAAUGUGGUAAAGCCUUUGCAUGUUACAGCACUCUGCAAAUCCAUAAUAGAACACAUACGGGAGAGAAGCCCUAUGUAUGUAACCAAUGUGGUAAAGUCUUUGCAUACCACAGAACUCUGCAGAUCCAUAAAAGAACACAUACUGGAGAGAAGCCCUAUGCGUGUAACCAUUGUGGUAAAGUCUUUUCAUUUCACUCUAACCUGCGACGCCAUCAAAGAACACACACUGGAGAGAAGCCAUACUCAUGUAACUUGUGUGGUAAAGUCUAUGCCCAUCACGGUGCUCUUCAAAGGCAUAAAAGAUUACAUACCUAAGAGAAGCCCUAUUCAUAUAACCAAUGUGGCAAAACCUUUGCUAAUCAUGGCUAUCUUCAAAGCCAUAAUAGAACACAUACUGGAGAGAAGCACUAUAAAUGUAACCAAUGUGGUAAAGCCUUUGCUCGUAACCAACAUCUUCAAAGGCAUGAAAGGACACAUACUGGGGAGAAGCCUUAUGAAUGUAACCAAUGUGGUAAAGCCUUUGCUCAAAGCAGCCAUCUUCAAAGACAUAAAAGAACACAUACUAGAGAGAAGCCCUAGGAAUGUAACAAUUGUGGUAUUUCAUGUGGCUUUUCAUGGCAUACCAAUCUGCAAGUCUAUAAAAGAGCAUAUACUGGAGUGAAGCCCUAUGCAUGUAAGCAAUGUGGUAAAACCUUUGCCCAUCACAAUGAUCUUCAAAGUCAUAAAAACAUACUGGAGAGAAGACCUAUGAAUGUAACCACUACUGUAAACCCUAUGCAUGUCAUAGCAGUCUGCAAAGCCAUAAAAGAACUCUAAUACUAGAGAUGAUAAGCCCUAUACAUGUGACUAACAUACUAAAACCUUUUCAUUUCAUAACAGUCUGCAAUCAAAAGAACUCAUACUGGAGAGAAGCCCUGUGUAUGUAACCAAUGUGGUAAAACCUUUGUUCAUCACAGUCAUCUUCAAAGUCAUAGAAAAAUGCAUACUCGAGAGAAGCCCUAUGCACCUCCAAUGUGGCAAAUUCUAUGCAAAAAUUGAAAUGUUCAAAGUCCUAAAACAAACAUGUACUGCUGAGAAUUCCUGGGAAUGUAAGCAAUGUGAUAAAGCCUUUACAUUUCAUAGCUGUCUGCAAAGCCAUAAAAGAACUCAUACUGGUAAGAAGCCCUAUGCAUGCAACCAAUGUGGGAAAGCCUUUGUACAAAACCCAGAUUUUCAAAGGAAUAAAAAUCACAUACUACUGAAAAUUCCUGUCAAUGUAACCAAUGUGAUAAAGCCUUUGCAAGUUACAGUGAUCUUCCAAAGCAUAAAAGAAUACAUACUAAAGAAAGGCUCAAUUAAUUGUAACAAUAUUCUAACGAUCCUUUCCCUGUCAUGAUCAAAGACAUAAAUGAACACAUACAAGAGAAAAACCCUGUGAAUGUAACCAAUAUCCUAAAUCUUUUGGACAGAUUAGUAAUCUUUAGAGUCAUUAAAAAACAAA